AUGACUGAUAUAAAAGAAAACAAAAUAUUAAAAAUUGAUGAUUAAAAAGAUUAAAGGGGUGUAUGUUAUAUAAGUAAUGUUCCACCUUAAAUGCCUAUAAGUAAGAUUAGAGAACUAUUAUAACCAUAUGGUAUAGAAAGAGUAUAUUUUAAAAGUAAAGGAUCUGGAAAUAAUAGAAGUUAUAGUGAAGGAUGGGUUGAAUUUAAAGAUAAGAAAAUUGCUAAAAUGGCAGCAUUAUCUUUAAAUGGUACAAAUAUUAGUAAUUUUUAUCAAAUAAUCUUUUUAGUUUAAAAAAAACAUAAAUAAUUAUCUGAUUAUAUGUGGUCAAUAAAAUAUUUGUCAGGAUUCAAGUGGGAUGAUUUAAAUGACAAUUUUAAUUAUGAAAGAAGACUUUCAAAGAAAAAAUUAGAUUUAGAAAUAAAUUAAUCGAAGAAAGAACAUGAAUUUUAUUUAGAAAAAACAAUAAAAAAAGUUAAAUAAUAAUGA